GACUCUUCAAGCUUGAGACUGCAUUAGGCGGGAGUGUCGGUGAAAUCCGUCCGCCCGCUGCGUAAACCCACCUGCAGGGAUUGGGAGGUCGAAGAUAACUGGCUCCCCGGCGGGCGGGCAGGCAGGCAGGCAGGCGACCGAGGGAGAGAAUCAUGCUAGGCCAGGAUGCCGGCCUCUCGCUGACCAUCGCCCAGAUCGUGCAGAGGCUGAAGGGCUCUGGGCUUCACUCCCAGCUGGAGCGACAGGCCCGGCUCAGUCUACACAGACCAGAUAUUAAGCUAGAAACUUUGAAGGAAGAUAUUAAGGAAUUUAUAAAGACAUCAGGAUGGGAAAAGAAGCUGCAAAAUGCUGUUUAUAGUGAACUCAGUGUGUUUCCUUCACCAUGCCAUCCUUCAGCACCUCCUGAACACAUAAAGGAAUCUUUGGCUUACAUGAGGAAAGCCCAGGGAAACUGGGAAAAGCGAAUUUUGAAGAGUCUAAAUAGUAUGUGCACAGAACUCGGCAUUCCAUUGGCACAGAAGAGAUCGGUGAAUGAACAAAAGGAACUUGUAAAUAAAUGGAAUGAAAUGGGAACAGAUGAGCCAGAUCUAAGUCUCUUUCGGCCUGUUUAUGCACCUAAGGAUUUUCUUGAGGUAUUGAUGAACCUUCGCAAUCCAAAUUAUGAAAACAGUGAGCAACCUAGUUUCAGAAACCAUUUGGGAUUAAUUCAGGUUUCAUUGAAAGUGAAAGAUAUCCCUGAACUGAAAGAAUAUUUCCGUGAUCUAGAUUUGAACACGGGUCAGCUGGAUAUUGAUGAUUCUGCACAUGUUCCUCCAGAACUCUUUGAAAAUGAGCAUGUGCGUAUUGGUCAAAAAGUUUUAGCAGAGGAGGAUAGUGCAGCAGCUCAACAAUAUGUCCGACAGGGAUGUCCAACUUCACUGCGAGCUGAAUUGUGGGCACUGAUUCUCAGUAUUUCUAAUCAACCUGAGGAUAUUUUGUAUUAUGAACAACUGAAGUCUAAUGUGAUCGAGCAUGAUCUUUUGGUGGACAGCCUGAUUUAUAAAGAUGUGAAACUGACAGCCAGUAAUGAUGACUACUAUUUUGUAUUUGAAGAUUAUUUAUAUCAGGUAUUGCUAUGUUUUUCUCGAGACACUUCAGUCCUGGAACACUUUGCACACAACAGUGCUACUCCACCCAAAUCGUACAUUCGAGGGAAACUUGGAAUGGAAGAAUAUGCUGUCCUUUAUCCACCAAAUGGUGUAAUCCCUUUCCAUGGCUUUUCAAUGUAUGUUGCUCCACUUUGUUUUCUGUACCAUGAACCUUCUAAGCUGUAUCAGAUAUUUCGUGAAAUCUAUAUGCGUUAUUUCUUCAGACUUCAUUCCAUCUCUUCUCAUCCUUCUGGUAUUGUAUCACUAUGUUUGCUGUUUGAGACCCUUCUCCAAACUCAUCUACCGCAGCUAUUUUACCAUCUUCGAGAAAUUGGGGCACAACCUUUACGAAUAUCUUUUAAAUGGAUGGUACGCGCAUUCUCUGGUUACUUAGCUACAGACCAGCUCCUGCUUUUGUGGGACAGAAUUCUGGGAUACAACUCUCUGGAAAUCCUUGCUGUCCUGGCAGCUGCUGUAUUUGCUUUCCGAGCAGUGAAUCUAAUGGAGGUGACAUCACUGGCUGCAGCUGAAGCGGUACUUGCUGAUCUUUCAACAUUAAAAGUUAUGCCUCUUCUUCAGAUUUUUCUUUUCGCCACUGGCACUUGAUCCUGGUCAGAGCUACUGGACUGCAUUGCUAGACUUUCAUCAGAUGCUAAUAAUAAACUAUGCAACACCUUCAUCAAAUCAAACUGUUAUGAUCAAGUUUUUGCAAAGAAUUAAAUCUGCACGUCUCACCUGGAAAACCCUUAGCCGCUUUUGCAUAUCAACUUACACAGCUGCAUGCUGCUGAAUUUUAGCCAAAUUGCAGUACCUGGAUGUAAUGCAAGUUAAAUGAGUCCUGGCCCACCUAAGUAAUAUUAGCCAAAUGCAUGUACCAAUAAAUGCAAGAAGGAAAGAAUACAUAAUAAUUCUAGAUCUCAGUAUUGCCUUUAUGCUAGUAUAAAGCUAGAAGGGAUGUCUCCAGUAGUUAUCCAGUCAUACCAUCUGCCGUCUUAAAUUCCUGCAAUACUUGAAAAAAAGUAUUUCACUUUAAAAGUCUAAUAAUGCUUCCUAGGAAAAGUCAUGGCAAUAUCUUUUUGCAAACUUUCUAUAUCAUUUCUGGCAGGGGGAGCUUCUUGUUCUUUUGCUCUUCAUUGGAGGCAGAUGAUGGGUUUUUUUUUUAAUGGUAUAGUAGAGGCAUCCUUUCCUGUCAUGCACAUUCUUUUUCUUAUGCCCUGCUAUUGUCUCUGGUACAGCAGGGUAUGUAUGUUUGUAAUGCACUCUAAAGAUGUCCAAAACCUGCCCGUUUUAGAGGCUACAGUGGCAGAUGGCAAUGUUGCCCCUGACUUACAGCCUUCAACUCUGAAAGAAACUCACCCAUCUGUCUCCACCAGCCUUUAUCUACUUAUUUUUGCACUUUCUUCUGGAUUUUUAUCAUCAUGUUUUUGAAAAGCUUUAUGUUACAUAGAAAUAUGCCUGGGCACAGCUUUCUUCAGAACCUAGCAAAGCCUUUCUGUACAUGAGCCAAAGCAGUUGCUUGUGAAUGACGUCAGUCGUUCUCUCUCCCUGAACUCCCACCUCCUCUUUAGGAGCUGAAUGUGCUGCCUCUGCCAGUUCCCAGCCCCUGCUGGUCCAGGACCUUGUGUAUCAACUCUCUGAAUCAAGCUCGUAUUCCUGUGUGACUUGAGUUGUGCUACUAUUGGGACAGACGAUCUUGUACUGAUGAUGAGUCGUUCCUCCCUUUUCUCCAGGGAUCCCAGUAAGCCAUCCUAAAAGCCUAAUUGAUUACCAGGUUAUUCUAAUUUCAUCCCAUACAGCUGUUGGUUAAGAUUGGCUGUCAAGACAUCCCUCAUGGUAAAAUGGCAUCAUGGAUAUACCAUGUUAUUUUGGGGUAAUUUGUGUCCAUAGACACAUUUCAUUGUGUGCAAUUCCUAAUGGUUUUUAAGACAAAACUUGGCAUGCUAUUUAAUCAAAAGGAAGAUUGGAUGAAUGUCUCUCAGUUCCAUGCUGUUAGCCAUCACAUACUGAAUUUAAUUUAAAUACAAGGCAGUGGAAUUUCAUUAUGGCCUUUAAUCUGAUCCAUAAAAUGCUUCAAUUGCACACAGUUGAGCUUGAACUAUUUCAAGGGGCACCUGCCUAUGGGGCCUGUAUUGAGGCUACAGUUGUCCACAGGAUGUGUGUGCUUGACAUUCUCAUUCAGAUUCUAAACUUUCAGAAAAGCUAAAAAGUUAUUUCAAUUUCAAAUUUACACUAUUUCUUCUAUUACUGUAAGAUGGCAGCAACUUAAUUAAUCUAAUAUUUAUCAGUUUUCUUAAAAUGUGUUAAUUCUAAAGGUAAAGUACAAUAAUUUAAAAUGUUUUAUUUAUUAUACUGAACAUGGUCAUUCAUUUGCUAAUGAAGCUACACUGGCAUUGGCAUUGAAGUUUAAUUUCUCCCUCUGUUACCCAAAAUAAAAGUUGUGUUUUUCAUAAUAUA